AUGGCGACCACAAUUGAGGCGCGAAAUUUGAAUAUGGCUGCAGCCGACAACGUCGCUCACAGGCUCUCCGCUCUGUGGAUGCCUUCAAUGGGAUCCGUGCUCUCCACAAGCGAGCAGCCAAUUAUCCGGAAAACAGAUAACUGUGUGACGGUUCCCAACUCCGGCCAAGAAGACGCUGACAGGGAUGGGAUUGGUGAUGCGUGUGACGAUGAUGCUGAUGGGGACGGGAUAAAAAACUCCGAGGACAACUGUGUGUUUGUGCCCAAUGCGGACCAGCAAAACGUGGAUCUAGACAACUUUGGGGAUGCUUGUGACAACUGCCGGAAUAUCAAGAACAACAACCAGUGGGACAGCGAUGGCGACGGAUGGGGAGAUCUGUGCGACAACGAUAUGGAUGGAGACAAAAUUAAAAAUGUCCUGGACAACUGUCCGAGGAUCCCAAAUUCUGACCAGAAGGACACUGAUGGGGAUGGAGUUGGAGACGUCUGUGACAGCUGCCCCUUCAUCAGUAACCCAGAUCAGAAAGAUACUGACCACGAUCUUGUUGGAGACCCAUGUGACACCAACCAGGACAAAGAUGGAGAUGGGCACCAGGAUUCCCGCGACAAUUGUCCUUCGGUGCCCAACAGCUCCCAGCUGGACUCUGACAAGGAUGGGCUUGGAGAUGAAUGUGAUGAUGAUGAUGAUAAUGAUGGCAUCCCAGAUCACAAUCCCCCAGGGCCUGACAACUGUCGUUUGGUCCCCAAUCCUGGCCAGGAGGACACAAACCGAGACGGUGUUGGAGAUGCUUGCCAGGAUGACUUUGAUAAGGACCACGUGGUUGACCGGAUUGACGUUUGCCCUGAAAAUGCUCAGGUGACACUGACUGACUUCCGGGCCUUUCAAACCGUUGUGUUGGAUCCUGAAGGAGAUGCCCAGAUAGACCCCAACUGGAUUGUCCUCAACCAGGCGGUGAAAUCAAAGACUGGUCCUGGAGAAUACCUGCGUAACUCACUCUGGCACACAGGGGACACAGUUGACCAGGUCAAGUUGUUGUGGAAGGACCCUCGGAACGUCGGCUGGAAAGAUAAGACUUCGUACCGCUGGUUCUUACAGCACCGGCCCCAGGUGGGCUACAUCCGGACUCGGUUCUAUGAGGGGUCUGAGAUGGUGGCCGACACUGGCAUUGUCCUCGACACAACCAUGCGAGGGGGCCGUCUGGGGGUCUUCUGCUUCUCCCAGGAAAACAUCAUCUGGUCCAACCUGCGGUAUCGCUGCAAUGACACGAUUCCUGAAGACUACGAGGCUUACCGGAACCAACACGACUACUAAAUGCUACUGCCGCCGGCUGAAAAAGAGACUUGUUGCACCCGCGCUGCUUCUGCUCCCUUCAAGAUAUAGCAAAUGGUGAAUUGUCUCUUCGUACGUGGCAAGCACCGUGUCCAGCAGCCCCUGUAGCAUCCCCACUACCCUUUCUAGAAGCAACCUCACCCGAGAUCUGCUUCCACAGGACUCUGAAAAUUCUCAUUUUUUCUCGACAUAGCGCAGAAGAGCCGUUCCUGCUCCGUGGCAGCUGCUAACAAGUCCACAAGGAUGGACUUAACUAGGGGACCCUCCUGGAAGGCUGAAGGGUCACCACCAGAGAUGUGGCUUUCUUGGGCAUCCUCCCCUGGGUUGUCUCCUGCCCUUGUCUUGCAUCCUUUUGGGUCAGCCACCACUGAUGCUGAGGUGGGACAUGGGCAGCCACCCAUUGUGGUCUCCUGGAUUUCACUCCAUGACCUCUGCAAGAGGAGGAAGGGGCCUCAUAUGUAUGUAUAUAUGUAUAUGUAUGUAUAUGUAUAUAUACAGGUGGUCUUCAACUGACAAUUGAGCCCCCGCAUUUCUGUUGCCAACCAAGACGUUUGUUAAGUGACUUAUGCCCUAUAUUUUAUGACAUUUCUUGCCACAGUUUUUAAGUGAACAACUGCGUUUGUUAAGUUAGUUAUCACGGUUGUGAAGUGAAUCUGGCUUCCCCAUUGACUUUGUUUGUCAGAAGGUCGCAGGUGAUCACAUGACCC